UUGUAAUAAGCGCUGUAAUUCGACGAAACAUUUACCAGAUAAUGCGCAUCGUACCUUGAUUAGAAAUAAGUAGCUCGAUAUCAUAUUAUCUCGGUCAAUUUAUUAGACAUUAAAUACAUAAAGUUUUGAAUCAACAGUUAAAUAUUAAGUAUGAAUUACAGGACUUUUUAAACUGGAACCUAAUUUCCAGAUACCAAAAAUGAAAAAUUCAUGGAUGACUUUCAAAAUCGACUUUCUCGGUGUCGUAUUUUAAAAUAUCAAAAACUCGAGGUGUUACAUGUAAGAACUGGUAAAAAUAUUGUUACAUUGUCAAAUAUUUCUCCAUCUGCAACUAUACAUGAAGUCAAAAAGGAAAUAUAUAAAUUGAGGAGAAAAUAUUAUCCUGAAAGACAAGCUUUAAAAACAAAACCUUCUGGAAAAUACUUAGCUGAUGAAAAUGUUUUAAAAACACUAAAUCUGCAAGAUGGCCGUUUGUUAUAUUUUAAAGAUUUGGGUCCACAAGUUGGUUGGAAAACUGUAAGAAAUUACUGUUUUCUUUCUAGUGUUGCUGCUGUUUGUUGGAUAGCACAUUAUGUGAAACGUUUAUUGGAAACAUUAUUUGUUCAUCGAUUUUCUCAUUCCACAAUGCCUAUUAAAAAUCUCUUAAAGAAUUGUUCAUAUUAUUGGUUGUUUUCAAUUUUUAUUGGCUACUUUGUUAACCAUCCAUUGUAUACUCCUCCAAAGUUUGGACCCCUUCAAAUUUAUUUGGGACUUGCAGGUUUUGUGCAAAGUGAAAUUGGAAAUUUUAGCACUCACUGGGUUUUUAAAAAUCUUCGUGCACCAGGAACCAAAGAACGUAAAAUUCCUAUGGCCACAGGAAAUCCUUUCACCUAUCUGUUUAAUUUUGUAUCCUGUCCAAACUAUACUUACGAAGUAAUGGCUUGGUUUUCUUUCACCAUAAUGGUUCAAUGUCUCCCAGCUGGAAUGUUCACCUUAUUGGGAUUAUAUCAAAUGACAGUCUGGGCACUUCAAAAACAUCAUAACUACAAAAAAGAAUUUGAAGAUUAUCCUAAAAAUAGGAAAGCGAUCAUUCCUUUUGUACUAUAACUUUUGUUUCAAAUCAAGAACUGCAUUUUAAUUCUGAAAAUUAUUUAGAAUUUAACUAAUUGUAUUUAUUUUGUGCUUAAAAAUCAAGAUUUAAAGAAAACAUCCAUUGAACAUUUAUUUUGACAGUUACAGCAUAGCAAGAUACAAUGUCAAUUCUGAAUAAAACUAUAACUAUAACAACAACUUUAGAAAUUUAGUCAUAGAAUAAUCAAAUGCAUGUAUGAUUCUAAAUUGAAAAAACUGCUGUAUUAAAGAGCACUUAAGUUAUUCUUUCAGUGCAGUUAAAUUGAUAGCAUGAUGUACACACCAAAAAUAAAAUUUUAAUGUAAUUGCAAUGCACAUAAUAGGAGCUGAGAUCUAGUGCUAACUAUUUGUUUUUUUUAAUAUAACAUUGAUUUAUACCCAAUGUUGUCAAUAAUAUAUAGAAUGAAGAGAUUUACUGUUAAUGGAUUAUACUGUUCGGAGGCAAACGAUUGCAUUGGUGACUACUUGAAAAUGUAGACUUUGAUUCUGAUUUGCAAUACAGUUUUGUUUAUUGAUCUAUUUUCUGUCAGUACUUCUGAAGUACUGACAGAAUAUGAAUGAAAUGAAAGGGAAACAUGGUAAUUCAUCAAUAAGAAAUCUCCAGGCUCUUGCAAUCUGUUCUGCAUAUUUAACAUCAACAGAAUUAAAUAUAAAUCAUAUGUUAUGCACUAAUCCAUGCUUUUCAUCUUUUUCCAACAGUCUCAAACUUUCUUCAUUGUGCAUAGUACAGUUUAGAUAACAAAAUUUAUUGUAAGCUAACAGAGAAAAAUGAGAUUUAAUUCUGGCCAAAGCAGUACAUUAUUUAUAAUGUAAUUAUGGAAAAGAUAAGAAAUUUAUAUUUUGAGAAAAUAUAUGCUAAUUUGCAAAACAAUUACUUGUCUAGGAUAUAGUAAAAUCUUCAUAUUUAUCUUAAUUAUGAGUGUACCCAAUAAAAUUUAUAGUCGUGAAAACGAUUUUUUGUACUGAAAGAGUGAAUGUGGGCACGUAUCAUUUUAUGCUAUCAGAGAGUGUGUCCAAAAGGAGUAGCAAUUCAAACAAAUCAAUGCCAUUGCAUGGAAUAUUAAUGUUUGUGGUUUUGAUGUCUAUCACUUCUAGUCCAUGUAAAAUAAUUACCAAAAUGUGCAAAAGUUUCAAAGAAUUUUUCACUUUUGUAUUAACAAAGUAUUACAAACUGUAGUGAAGGAUGUGAAUUUUUCCAAAACCCUUUGUUUCUUUUUAAGUUGUUACAAAUUAUAUACAAUAUUUAUUUGGUUGUGUUUUAUAUAGUGUCCAAUGAAUUUAUAUAUGUAUAUAUAUAAAUUUAUUAUUGUGUGACUAUUGUAUUUUAAGUCAAUAAAUCCUAUAUUUAAAAUUUCAUUAGGUUUGUCUUUCAUUUUGAAUAUCUUCCAGACACUCCAGUUCUGUAAUAAACAAUAUUACAGUGUCUACUUUAUUAAUAUCAAAGGCUAAAUUGUUUUGUAACAGAUUAAAUACAAUUAUACAAUUUUUACUCACUAAAAACCGAAGCUAAUACGUAUUUAUGAAUUUCAUUUUGCCAAUUUCUUAAUCAUAAGGCUGUUAAGGUGUUAGUGCUCUGAGAACCAGGGAUCAAGUCAAUGCAAACAGUUUCCCAGGAAUUUUUCAUGUGUGGUCCAACUCACAAAACUCAAGAGUUCUUACACCUUUGUUAAUAUGUUAAUAAGAAAUUUAUGAAGUUUCUUUUUUUUUAAUUCGAUUUUACCAAAUAAUUGGAAACAAGAACAAACAAAUCAUGAAAGUUUCAUAACUGAAGAGAAUAAAAAUGUCAUGCAAAUUUCUAGAAUGUUCUGUACAGAGUGAGUAACUCCAAACUUAGGUACUUACGUGUUGAGUUGAGUUAUCAAAGGUGUUUCUUCUUUCAUUUUUAAUCUUGUUCACAGAAAACACUUUGAGCACUUUCUAUUUUUCUUAGGUUGUUUAUUGGACAUCUUUUCUAAGUUUUUUUGCAAAACAUAAUUUAAUAAUAGACUGAAAAGGUAAGUUAGUUACUUGAAAACUGCAUCCUGGUUAUUUGUUUACAGCUAAGAUCAGGUUGGAUUUAAUUGGGGAUAGCAAAAUGUUGAAACGAUGAUACUGAUGACAGGAAUGGAACCAACCAAGAACAGCUUGCACAAAAUUCAUUCUUGAGAUGUGGUAUUAUUUUUGAAGGACUUGGGUUUGCUUGCAGUGGGGAUAUUUGUUUCCAUUUGGUCAUCUCUGGAAAAGUAAGGAAUAUUUGUUUCCAAGGACAAGAAAAUUCAUUUUCCAGAGCUUUGGUUGGUUGGCUUACUCCUGUGAAAUCCUGCAGGUCUUCAGACACUUACCUUAACACCUCUCUUCUAAUUAAUACUGUUUCCUGUCAAAUUUAUAUACAGUUCAAGUAACUGUCAAGGAGAGAUAUAUACAAUAUGAUUUAAAACAAUGA